UUUUUCCUUGCUCAGCUUCAAUGUGUUCCGGAGUGGGGACGGGGUGGCUGAACCUCGCAGGUGGCAGAGAGGCUCCCCUGGGGCUGUGGGGCUCUGCGUGGAUCCGAUGGGGCCGCUGGUGACCUGGGUGGUCCCCCUCCUCUUCCUCUUCCUGCUGUCCAGGCAGGGUGCUGCCUGCAGAACCAGUGAGUGCUGUUUUCAGGACCCGCCAUAUCCGGAUGCAGACUCAGGCUCGGCCUCGGGUCCUAGGGACCUGAGCUGCUAUCGGAUAUCCAGUGAUCAUUACGAGUGCUCCUGGCAGUAUGAAGGUCCCACAGCUGGGGUCAACCACUUCCUGCGAUGUUGCCUUAGCUCCGGGCGCUGCUGCUACUUCGCCACUGGCUCAGCCACCAGGCUGCAGUUCUCCGACCAGGCUGGGGUGUCUGUGCUGUACACCGUCACACUCUGGGUGGAAUCCUGGGCCAGGAACCAGACAGAGAAGUCUCCUGAGGUGACCCUGCAGCUCUACAACUCAGUUAAAUAUGAGCCUCCUCUGGGAGACAUCAAGGUGUCCAAGUUGGCCGGGCAGCUGCGAAUGGAGUGGGAGACCCCGGAUAACCAGGUUGGUGCUGAGGUGCAGUUCCGUCACCGGACACCCACCAGCCCAUGGAAGUUGGGCGACUGCGGACCUCAGGAUGAUGAUACUGAGUCCUGCCUCUGCCCCCUGGAGAUGAAUGUGGCCCAGGAAUUCCAGCUCCGACGACGGCGGCUGGGGAGACAAGGAAGUUCCUGGAGCAAGUGGAGCAGCCCCGUGUGCGUUCCCCCUGAAAACCCCCCACAGCCUCAGGUGAGAUUCUCGGUGGAGCAGCUGGGCCGAGAUGGGAGGAGGCGGCUGACCCUGAAAGAGCAGCCAACCCAGCUGGAGCUUCCAGAAGGCUGUCAAGGGCUGGCGCCUGGCACAGAGGUCACCUACCGACUGCAGCUCCACAUGCUGUCCUGCCCGUGUAAGGCCAAGGCCACCAGGACCCUGCACCUGGGGAAGAUGCCCUAUCUCUCGGGUGCUGCCUACAACGUGGCUGUCAUCUCCUCGAACCAAUUUGGUCCUGGCCUGAACCAGACGUGGCACAUUCCUGCCGACACCCACACAGAACCAGUGGCUCUGAAUAUCAGCGUCGGAACCAACGGGACCACCAUGUAUUGGCCAGCCCGCCCUCAGAGCACGACGUAUUGCAUUGAAUGGCAGCCCGUGGGCCAGGACGGGGGCCUUGCCACCUGCAACCUGACUGCGCCGCAAGACCCGGAUCCGGCUGGAAUGGCAACAUACAGCUGGAGUCGAGAGUCUGGGGCAAUGGGGCAGGAAAAGUGUUACUACAUUACCAUCUUCGCCUCUGCGCACCCCAAGAAGCUCACCUUGUGGUCUACAGUCCUGUCCACCUACCACUUUGGGGGCAAUGCCUCAGCAGCUGGGACACCACACCACGUCUCGGUGAAGAAUCAUAGCUUGGACUCUGUGUCUGUGGACUGGGCACCAUCCCUGCUGAGCACCUGUCCCGGCGUCCUAAAGGAGUAUGUUGUCCGCUGCCGAGAUGAAGACAGCAACCAGGUGUCAGGCUGUGGUAGCCCAGCCUGGCCUCUGAGGAGUAAAGAGGUCCCAGGACUCAGGGUUGCCUUUCCCACUGCAGAGUAUCCCGUGCAGCCCACAGAGACCCAAGUUACCCUCAGUGGCCUGCGGGCUGGUGUAGCCUACACGGUGCAGGUGCGAGCAGACACAGCGUGGCUGAUGGGUGUCUGGAGCCAGCCCCAGCGCUUCAGCAUCGAAGUGCAGGUUUCUGAUUGGCUCAUCUUCUUCGCCUCCCUGGGGAGCUUCCUGAGCAUCCUUCUCGUGGGCGUCCUUGGCUACCUUGGCCUGAACAGGGCCGCACGGCACCUGUGUCCGCCGCUGCCCACACCCUGUGCCAGCUCCGCCAUUGAGUUCCCUGGAGGGAAGGAGACUUGGCAGUGGAUCAACCCAGUGGACUUCCAGGAAGAGGCAUCCCUGCAGGAGGCCCUGGUGGUGGAGAUGUCCUGGGACAAAGGCGAGAGGACUGAGCCUCUCAAGAAGACAGAGCUACCUGAGGGUGCCUCUGAGCUGGCCCUGGAUACAGAGUUGUCCUUGGAGGAUGGAGACAGGUGCAAGGCCAAGAUGUGAUCGCUGAGGCUCAGAGAGGGUGAGUGACUCGCCUGAGGCUACGUAGAACACACAGGAGUCAAAUUUGGACCCAAAUAACCCAGAGCUCCUCCAGGCUCCAGUGCACCUGCCUCCUCUGUGCCCCGCGCCUGUUGCCACACAUCCUGCGGGGGGAACCCUAGAUGCUGCCAUGCAAUGGAAGCUGCUGCACCCUGCUGGGCCUGGCGUCUGUGGGGCAGGAGCAGACCCUGCCAUUGACCUGUUCUGGAGUAGAAUAGACUGGGAAUGGGGGCAAAGGGGGCUCAGAUGGAUCCCCAGACCCUGGGCUGGGCAUUCACCCCCAGGAGCACUGGAUGGGGAGUCUGGACUCAAGGGCUCCCUGCAGCAUUGCGGGGUCUUGUAGCUUGGAGGAUCCGGGCAUAUAGGGAAGGGGGCUGUAAACAUUGUGGGAAAAAUGAUGGUCCUCCCAUCCCACCCCCCACCCCACCCUCACCCCCCUAUAAAAUGGGGGUGAUGAUAAUGACCUCACACAGCUGUUCAAAAUCAUCGUAAAUGAGCCUCCUCUUGGGUAUUUUUUUCCUGUUUGAAGCUUGA